UAUUACUAAAAUACACAAACUAUGUUAGUCAACAAGUUUACUAACUUCAUCGCCCGAGCCAUUGUAUGCCUGGCGUUACUGAUUGGUUGCAUUUGGCAUAUCGUCGAUAUCAGUGUCAUAUACUUUCGUUACGAGACGACAGUAUCUACAGUGCUUGAGACGGCGCAGGUGAUAGAGUUGCCGGCAAUCACUCUAUGCACUCGUGUUCAUUACGUAACAGAUUGGGAGUAUUUACGGCGCCGGUACCCAAACGAUACGGCAUUGGCAAACAUAACCGAUCAAAACAAAUGGCGAUAUAAUCAAUACCUCUAUAACCUAACACUGGAGGAGCAGCUGUUGAACGGCACGAUCGGCGCCAACCGGUUCUUUGACCAGUGCGAAGUACUCACACCCCGGGCCCUGUCGUCACCGGCCCAUUAUAUGGACUGCGCUCGGGUGGCACCGGUGGUCGAGUCAAUAAACGAAGCAUUCAAAUGUUUUACCUUCUUUAGCCAAAACGUAAGCCAAUUGUCGGACAACGAUCGGUACCGCGUGGACCACGACGUGAUGUUUCGCGAUAAUGACUUUACCCUCACCAGGUCUAUAAUGCACACCCGGUACUUAAAAGACCUGAGCAUUUAUAUGCACGACCGGCGGGAGCCGUUUGUGGGCCCCACUGUUGGUCAGACGACAUACAUGAAAAUUAAUCACCGACAUUAUUUCCAAGUCGGCUAUUCCUACAAAGAGAUCUAUGUUAAACAACUGCCCCCACCCUAUUGGACGCAAUGCGUCGAUUACCCGCUACUCGGGUAUCGGUCACAUAAACAACGCGUUAGCAAAUGUCGAGCCAAGUAUUACCGUGAUCAAUUUGCCAGUUGGCAUCCAAAAAUGCUUUAUAACAACGAAUAUUAUGGAAAGUUAAGUUUUGAUAGGACUAGUAUAACAUCAAAUCGUACGGCUGAUAAACAAAUAGCCGCCGACUGCGCGAACCGGAUCGGCCGUAGGCCCGACUGUCACUCCGUGUACUACACUAUGAAUAAAAGUUUUGAUAGUGAAAAACAUAACACGAGUAAAGAAGAGCAUGUAAAAUUCUAUGUAUAUAUUAAAAUGCCCACCAACACAAUCACCCGGUACGUGCACUCACCCCGUAUGGAGUUAUCCCAGUAUAUGGGCAUUAUUGGCGGUGUGUCGGGCCUGUGGUUUGGCCUAAACAUACUGGCCUUCUAUGAUAUUGGCCAUUACGAGACGACAGUAUCCGUAGUGCUUGAGACGGCACAGGUGAUAGAGCUGCCGGCAAUCACGCUAUGCACGGAUGUUAAUUACGUAACAGACUGGGAGUAUUUACGGCACCGGUACCCAAACAACACGGCACUGGCAAACAUCACGGGCACCGAACAAAACAAAUGGGCAUUCAAUUCAUAUCUCUAUAACCUAACAGUGGAGGAACAGCUGUUGUACGGCACGUACGGCGCCAGCGGGUUCCUCAAAUUUUGCACAGUUUUGACCCCCCGAGGCAUGUCAUCAUCGUAUAAGGGCUACCAGUAUAUAAGCUGCAAACAGGUAGCACCGGUGGUCGAGUCAAUAAACCACCGCAUAAAAUGUUUUACCGUAUUCAGCCAAAACGUAAGCCAAAUGGCGGACAACGAUCGGUACCGCGUGGACCACGACGUGACGUUUCGCGAUAACGCUUUUAGCGUAAUUUAUUUUGUACUCGAAACCUAUGCCUUACACGAACUGACCAUUUAUAUGCACGACCGGCGGGAGCCGUUUGUGGGCCCCAUGGGCGGCCAGACGACCUACAUGGAUCUCAAUCAUCGACAUUAUGAUAAAUUCGACUUUUCCUACAAAGAGCUCAAUGUUGAACAACUGCCCCCACCGUAUCGGACCCAAUGCGCUGACUACCCGCUACUCGGGUAUCGAUCAUAUAAGCAACGCGUUAGCCAAUGUCGAGCCGAGUAUUACCGCGAUCAAUUUGCCGGCUGGCAGGGAGACAUGAUCUACAACACUGAAUAUUAUGGAAAGUUGAGUUUUGAGACAAAUGGUAUUAAUGGAAAUCGUACGGUUGAUAAACAAAUAGCCGAUCACUGCGCCCAACGGGUCGGCCGUAGACCCGACUGUCACUCCGUGUACUACACUAUGAAUGUAAUUAGUAAUCAUGAGAGAGAUAACAAUAGCAAUGAAGAAUCGUUCAAUAUACAAUUUAAUAUACCCACCAACACAAUCACCCGUUACGUGCACUCACCCCGUAUGGAGCUGUCCGAGUAUAUGGGCAUUAUUGGCGGUGUGUCGGGCCUGUGGUUUGGCCUAAACAUACUGGCCUUCUAUGAUAUUGGCCAGUAUUUGGUCAGAAAAGCACGUGUUCUUUUAAGUAAUUUGUAA